UUCUUUACUUCAAGUAGACAUCUUGAAAAUUGCAUGAACUCUCUCUUGCUGUCAUAUUCACAGCAAUAACUCACUUCAACACGAACGGUGUAGUCUGCAAGCGUUUUCUUCAUUUUUGGACCGAAUGUCAUAAGGGCUGACGAUCCAAAAAAGAUACGAGUUAGAGCACGAGAACUGUGAAAUAUGUUUUCGUCGAUGAGAUCGCUUAUGGGCGUAGCUGCUCGGGCCGAGCAGGUCCUAGCUCGGGGUUUUGCGGCGAAGGCAGCAGCAAAGGCAGCUGCCGGUGCCCAAGGUAAGGUAGUGGCCGUUAUUGGUGCCGUCGUGGACGUUCAGUUCGAUGACAAUCUACCGCCGAUUCUGAAUGCCCUGGAGGUCCAAGGACGUAGCGCCCGGCUUGUACUGGAAGUUGCGCAACAUCUCGGUGAGAACACCGUGCGCACAAUUGCCAUGGACGGUACGGAAGGUCUGGUGCGUGGACAACGAGUUUUGGAUACCGGUUCUCCGAUUAGAAUUCCGGUCGGAGCGGAAACUCUUGGUCGUAUCAUCAACGUCAUCGGUGAACCAAUCGAUGAGCGCGGUCCUAUCGAUACUAACCUAUCGGCUCCAAUUCAUGCCGAAGCUCCAGAAUUUAUAGAGAUGAGCGUUGAGCAGGAGAUUUUGGUUACCGGAAUUAAAGUGGUUGAUCUACUUGCGCCGUACGCCAAGGGUGGUAAGAUUGGUCUGUUUGGUGGAGCCGGGGUCGGCAAAACUGUAUUGAUUAUGGAACUGAUUAACAACGUUGCCAAGGCUCAUGGUGGUUACUCCGUGUUUGCCGGUGUCGGUGAACGCACUCGCGAAGGUAACGAUUUGUACAACGAGAUGAUUGAGGGCGGUGUAAUCUCUCUGAAGGAUAAGACUUCCAAGGUCGCCCUGGUCUACGGGCAAAUGAACGAGCCCCCCGGUGCCCGUGCUCGAGUUGCAUUGACUGGACUAACAGUUGCUGAAUAUUUCCGUGAUCAAGAAGGACAAGACGUGUUGCUUUUCAUCGACAACAUUUUCCGCUUCACUCAAGCUGGUUCAGAGGUGUCUGCUUUGUUGGGUCGUAUUCCAUCUGCUGUCGGUUAUCAACCAACUCUGGCCACUGACAUGGGUAGCAUGCAGGAGCGCAUCACCACCACUAAGAAGGGAUCCAUUACUUCGGUACAGGCUAUCUACGUACCGGCUGAUGAUUUGACUGAUCCUGCUCCAGCCACCACAUUUGCUCACUUGGACGCCACCACUGUCUUGUCGCGUGCUAUUGCCGAAUUGGGAAUCUACCCCGCUGUGGAUCCUCUUGAUUCUACCUCACGUAUAAUGGAUCCAAAUAUCAUUGGAGCCGAGCAUUACAACAUUGCUCGUGGCGUGCAGAAAAUUUUGCAAGAUUACAAGUCACUCCAAGAUAUUAUCGCUAUUUUGGGUAUGGAUGAAUUGUCUGAAGAAGACAAGCUGACUGUUGCACGUGCUCGCAAGAUCCAGCGUUUCCUGUCUCAACCCUUCCAGGUCGCUGAAGUUUUCACUGGUCAUGCCGGUAAAUUGGUUCCACUAGAGGAAACCAUCAAGGGAUUCACAAAAAUUCUCAAUGGAGAAUUGGAUCACUUACCUGAAGUAGCUUUCUACAUGGUUGGCCCGAUUGAAGAAGUCGUCGAAAAAGCCGAACGUUUGGCUAAGGAAGCUGCCUAAAGUGAAUCGACUGUGUAGAAAAACGAAUCAGCAGUAAACAGUAAUUAGUCUACAGUAGAGAGCAAGAUGGAACCAGUUCUUCCGAGUGAAGCUCAAGAGGGGACAACGAAGCCCUCCCACUUUGUUCGGAGUCUUCUCUUAGCUUAAUUCGAUGUAGUAUGUAGGACUUAGGCACAGGAACAAUUCGGUACUCAAGUACUUCGUUAUGUAAUCGUAUGUCUUGUUUACGAAAAGAGGGGAACGUGAAAAUAUGGUUCAAAAUAUAGACUUAUGAUAUUGAUCGUGAUAAAA